GCGGGAAGUUUCUCUCUCUAGCGCUUGGAAUGGAUCAGCGUCCUCUCUGUGUCUCUCUCCUUUCUUCUCACGCAUUUUUAUUUGUGUCCACAUCCAUUUUAUCUUUCAUACCCAUUUGUUUCCUCAAUCUCCCUUCCUUGCCCCACUCUCUCUCUCUACAAAUUAUAUCCCUCGUAAACCCCGUCUUAUUUCUCUCUCUAACGCCAUUUGAUUCCCCUCCCUCUCUCUCUUCAUUACCAUCUUUCUCUCUCCUCACCAUGUGAUUCCCCCCUCUUUUCCCUACCCACAUUCUGCCUCUCUCUCUCUCUCUCUCCACCUUCCAUUGUUUCCCUCUCUCUUCUUUCUUCCUCUAUCUGAUGGGCAAAGCCAAGGCAGCUGCCUUAUUGGAUCUGCUUCUCCAAUGACCAUAGCAGGGCCCGUUCUGUAACGUAUACUGCCUCCUCUUUCUCCUCUUCUUAGCUUUCUCCAUCUUUUGGGCUCUGCAACUCCAAUGGCUCCCACAACACUAACUCAUUGCUUCAAUAUCUGAAUCUUCUCGGUUUGUUUUCACUCUUGUGGCUCUCUAUCAUGAGAGAAGAGACCCCAAGAGAGAAAACAUAGAGAACACAGUAGAUAGCAAGAGAGAUCAAAUCUAGGGUGCAAUCCUGUAUCUCGCAUCUUUUACAUUUGUCAUUUCCAUUUCUUUGUUCCUCUUCAGUUUUCAGUCUCUUCUGGUUCUCACCUUUCAAUGGGCAAAACAAAACCGGUGGCCUGUAACCCUAGAUUUCGAAGGAGAACUCAGGCACCGGCUCCUCUCCAGAAGAAGAGCGAUGGCAAUGUGUCUUCUUCUUCUUAUUCAGAUCUGGUUUGUGAGGUGUGCUCUUCUGGUGGUAAUGCAGCUGAGCUAUUGCUCUGUGAUGGCUGUGAUCAUGGCUUCCACAUAUUUUGCCUUCGCCCCAUCCUUGCUCGAGUCCCUUCCAGUUCCUGGUUCUGCACUUCCUGCUCAAAUCGAAGAAAUUACAAGCAGUUCCCUCUUGUGCAAACCAAGAUCGUGGAUUUCUUCCGCAUUUGCAGGUCCUCUAAUGAUGCUCUGCAUAAAUCUCCUCAAGAUGCACGGAAGCGAAAGAAGCGCAGUGGAAUAUUGAUUUGCACAAAGAAGAGGAGGAGACUUCUUCCUUUUAACCCGAGUGAAGACCCACAAAGGAGAUUGGAGCAAAUGGCUUCUCUUGCCACUGCUCUCACGGCCACUGGUGCAGAGUUCAGUAAUGAACUAACUUAUAGGCCUGGCAUGGCUCCUAUGUCAGCUAAUAAGGCAUCCCUUGAGCAAGGAGGAAUGCAGGUUCUGUGUAGAGAAGACACUGAAACAUUGAACAUGUGCAAGUCCAUGUGUGAAAGAGGAGAAUGGCCCCCUCUUCUUGUGGCCUUUGAUCCUAAUGAAGGGUUUACAGUUGUGGCUGAUAGAUUUAUAAAGGAUUUAACCAUAGUUACAGAAUACACUGGUGAUGUCGAUUAUCUUAAGAACCGAGAACAUGAUGAUGGUGAUAGUAUGAUGACCCUUCUCUCAGCUCACAACCCAUCCAGGAGCCUUGUCAUCUGUCCUGAUAAACGUUCGAACAUCGCUCGCUUCAUCAAUGGAAUCAACAACCACACCACGUAAACUGGAUGGAAAGAAGAAACAGAACCUAAAGUGUGUAAGAUAUAAUAUUGGUGGAGAAUGCCGAGU